UUGGUUAUGCUCUUUUGCAAUGGUAAUAACACGUCAUCUGUUCUGUAAACUUAGAUUAUUCGCAGCCAUUUAUGUCUUUUCUUAGUCUAUUGGGCAGUAAUAAGUACAGAACAUCUAACCGAGUGUCCAGUGAGAUGACUUUGAUCCAAGGCGAUUCCAGCCGAAAUCCUGCAGCUAUUGUGACUAAUGUGUCGACGUCUGGCUCGAAUUAUGGACUUCUCGGAGAAUCAAGCGUGGACCCGGAAGUCCUUUUAGCCCGAAUGGGAGACAAGGGCAAUCAACCUUUAUCGUUCCAAGCUCAAAUAUAUUACGAAUACAAACGCAGUAUUAUAGCUUUGACGAUUAUUUUUCUUUCUGUGUUACUUGAAAGUUGCGCUUUUCAUACAGUUAUUUACUCUUUCAUACCAAUUGCAAAUGAUGACCCCACUGUAUGGUCGGCUGUUCAAACCCUAGAUAUUCUCACAGGAGUUUACCUUGUUCAAUACUUCACAGCAUUUAUUACUAGCUGGCUAUCAGAUACACACAUAGCCCGCUUUUGGACCAUAUGCGGUGGUUAUGUAAUUUACAUAAUAGGUUAUGCAAUACUUGUCAUAUCUCAAGCUAAAGAUUACGAUGGUAUUCAGUGUAAAAUUGAGACAUUUGUUCACCACGGGCCGAAUAAUUUGAAUGAAACGAGCCCCGAGUUAAGCGACGCGUGCUCGCCUAUUUUGGUUACGUCAUUACUUAUAAUCGGGCUCGGCUCGGGAGUUCUUUUGGGUAACAUUAUCAUUUUUGGCGCCGAUCAGACAAAUUCUGCAGAGGUGGCGCCAAAGUUUUUCCACAUUCAAUACUGGAUGAUGAAGUUUGGAGCAGUUAUAAGUUGUUAUGUAAUCGAUUAUGUUGAAAUGCAGUUUUUUGACUCUCAGUUUUGGCCGUUGUUGACUGCGCUUAUUUGUCUCUGUUUGUCUUUGGUUGUUUUUGUGGCUGGGAGGAGGAAAUACAUUUACCGAGAGAGGCAGUCGGAUAUGACUCAGACGCUGACGAAAGUGAUCUCGGCUAGUUUCUCGGAGGAUACGAGACGCAGGAGGAGACGUGAUCGAGAAGCUUCCAUGUCUAAUACGACAGGAGGGGCCAGUUCCAACAUCUACCGGCUGUCCCGUCUGGACCUGGUAAUGUUGGACUACGGAGGGGAGUUCAGGAGAGACGUGGUCGAAUGUGUGAAGAGAUACUUGAGACUCCUUCUAGUCUUCAUCUCCUUCAUUCCCUUCUACAUGAUGUUGAUGCAGUUCAAUACUGUCUAUAGACUGCAGGGGUUGCAUUUGAAACUGCCCAUGUGGAGUGUCAAUCGCAAUGAGGAAUACUCAGAGUAUCGCAUCAAGUACCCAGUGACUUGGUUCAGCACAGGGGUGGAUCUGGUCACAGUCAUCCUCCUCAUCCCCCUCCUCUUCUUCUUCAACUCCUCCCUCUUCGCCAGAUGUAUGACGUCACUCAAGGGUUGUAUCUGCAGGGAGGAUGAUGACAUCUAUGACAGGAGGCAUGUGUUCACAAAGGGAGUUGUCUCCUUCAGACUUACAAUUGGCAUGUUUGCUGCUGCUCUUUCGCUGACCCUCGCCGGCCUUUUGGACUCUCGGCGGGUGAAUGUGUACGAGAACUGUCUUCAAGACUAUUCGAAAUCACCCGAAGACUGCUCAGUAAUUGAGCACAUUAAUGGAAAUGACUUCCAGGCAUCUCAACUCUCCAUCCAGUGGCAGGUUCCACAAUAUGUGCUAGCAGGGGUGUCUGAGUUAUUCGUUGUUGUAACUGCCUAUCAGUUUGCAUAUUUGGAGGCCCCUGAUCAACACCAAUAUCAGUACAAGAUGCAGGGAGUGUUUGUUGGAUUAACUUUCUUUGCACAAUUUCUGGCAUCACUUAUUGCUAUGACGCUGGGCAAAUUUCUGGAAAACUUCGGAGAUCUCUGUCACUCAAGCACCGCCUACUCACGUGACUGUUCCCCUGGAGAUGACAGACUCUACUGGUACUUCUACUUACUUGGUUUUCUGCAGUUUGUGGGACUACUUUGGAAUAAAUAUGCAGUCAUGGACUACCUCAAGUGGGACUACACUGGAGAAGGAUACUGUUUUUGAGAGAUGAAAAGGAUAGAAUUAAUAAAAUAAACCCAGUAAUCAAACUGUUUUGAGUUUUAAAAACAUAUCAAUAACUAACCAUCUACUUUGUUGUCACAGAUGAAAAAAAAAAUUUUUUUUUCUAGAAUUGACUUGAGGUAUUAACAAUUA